AUGCAUCACCACAACUAUACCAAGGUUCCUUGUCGCUCACUUGAGGAAGGCCUUCAGGCCCAAGGAGAGGCACAGGGCCUGGUGGGUGCACAGGGUCCCAGGGCUCAGGAGGGGGCGGCGGCUGCCUCUUCCUCUUCCUCUUCCUCCAGUUUCCCCUCCUCCUUGUCUUCCUUCUCCUCUUAUUCUCUGAUCCUGGACACCACGAGGGAGGUUUUUGCUGCUGGGAUGCUGAGUUCUAUCAAGGGUCCUCAGAGAUCCUUUUCCUUGCCCACUUCCGUCAAAGCUAGUUCAUCAGUCAAAUCAGAUCAGGGCUCCAGCAGGCAUGAAGAGGCAGGUCCAAGCACCUUGAAGACCCAUCCAGUUGUCAGGUUCUUUAAUAGAGAUGGCAUAGAUGACAAGGUUGCUGAUUUGGUUCGUUUCCUGCUCCUUAAGUAUCGCACAAAAGAGCUGAUAACAAAGGAAGAAAUGCUGAAUGAUGUCAUCAAAGAGUACAAAGAUCACUUCUCUGAGAUCUUCAGGGAAGCCUCUGAGUGCAUGAAGCUAGUCUUUGGCAUUGAUGUGAAGGAAGAGGACCCUGAUGGUCACUCCUAUGUCCUUGUCAUUGCCAUGGGCCUUACCUAUGAUGGGAUGCUGUAUGAUUGCCAGAGCCUGCCCAAGACCGGCCUCCUGAUAAAUGUCCUGGGUGUGAUCUUCUUGGAGGGCAACUGUGCUGCAGAGGAGGUCAUCUGGGAAGUCCUGGGUGUGAUGGGGGUGCAGGCUGGGCAGGAGCACUUCAUCUAUGGGGAGCCCCGGAAGCUCAUCACCCACGACUGGGUGCAGGAAGGUUACCUGGUGUACAGGCAGGUGCCCUUCAGUGAUCCUGUCCGCUAUGAGUUCCUGUGGGGUCCGAGGGCCCUUGCUGAAACCAGCAAGAUGAAAAUCCUGGAGUUUGUGGCCAAGGUCAAUGAUACUGUCCCCAGUGCCUUUCCUGUGUGGUAUGAAGAGGCUUUGAAAGAUGAGGAAGCAAGACGCCAAGCAAAAGUUGAAGUCAGACCCAGUUGGGGUGCCUGGCCCGGUGUACGCUCCAAGGCCACAUCCAAAAGGUUCUAUCCCAAGUGA